AGCAGCAGCAAUCGCGGCAGCGGCGGCAGAGGCGGCGGCAGCUGCGCGCCUCGGGCCCAACCCCGCUCGGCUCCCCCUCUCGCCGGCGCCCUGCCUGCCUGUCUUGCGUGUGCGUGUGCGUGUGCUCAGCCUCAGCGUGAGGGGCACCUGCUCGUCUGGGCUCACAGCGGAGGCAGCCUCGCCGCGAGCUGCCGCUGCCGCUGCUGCCGCCACUGGUGCUGCCGCUCGCAGGCGCCAGGCUCCCCGUCGCCGCCGCCGCCGCCGCCGCCGCCGCCUCGCCAGCCAGAGUUGGGCUCCGUGGGCUUCCCCCCUCGCAGCCUCGGUCCUUCCCCGCUGCCUGCAAGUCAGCCUGGCUCCGAGUCACGUGUCAGUGCCUGAGGCAGAGACUGCGAGGAAAAAAACGCGCUUCAUUCCUUCUUCCACCGCCAUACUGUAUUUUAUACUAAAUCUCAUUUUUAUUACAACAUUUUACUCCCGCUCGGUGAGUACCUUCUCAGUGGCAUUCUUGUCCUAUUCUUUUUUUUUUUUUUUUUUUUGUUUUUUUUUUGUUUUUUGUUUUUUGUUUUUGUUUUUGUUUUUUUUCUUUUUUUUCCACUUCUUUGAUUAUUGUUUAUAUUUGGGAAAGCUGGAGGAGCAUGAUUUUGAGCCUUUUCCUGAAUCCAAGUUUUUCUAGCAUGCGAUCGUUCUGUAGACAAGGCGCUGUGUCUCGGAGUCCGCGGCGACCGUGCCCGCUGGGAGCGUCUCCCAAGUCCAGCAAAAUGUGCAACUGGUUUUAUGGAAAAAGCGAUGUGAAGUAUGGUGCCUAUUUUUUUCCUUUGUAAAAAUAAAAAGCAUGUUUCUAACUCUUUUUUUUGCAUACUCUUUUUCUGAUAACAUUUUUGUAUAGGUGGGAUUUUACGGCAGUGUUUACAAGUUUGUGGUCUUGCAAUACUGGUGCAAACCACUGAGCAAAGACAUUAAUUUUAUAUUUUUGUGCCCUUUUUGGAAGCCGGUGAGAACAAAUUCGUUUUUUUCCCUCCUGUUUUUGAUACCCAUUGAUAACAUGAAACUUUUCUUACAGCUGGUGACUGGGAUCAUUUUUAAGCAAAAUACUUUUUUCCUCCUUUAAAUUAACUAUGACUUUUGCACAUUUGACUUUUUUAAAAAACCGAGAUAAUUUUAUGAUAGAUAUCCUGAUAUCUAUAUCUAUAUUGUCCCUUAUUUCUCCCCCUUCCCUCCCCGUAAAUCAAUUUUCAAAUGAUGGCAGUGGAAGGUUUUUCUGGAAAAAAAAAAAAAAAAAAAAAAAAAAGAAGUGCGGUUUGGUUUCCUUGUCAACGGAGGAUGAAGUGAACAGCUGAGCAGCUCGCAGAGAGCAGGUACUUGGUCCCCUUGGAGGCGUUUCCCGGGUGUGCAGUGGCAACACUGGUCCUAGCAAAGAAAUGUGUGAGUGUGAGUGUGUGUGUGUGUGUGUGUGUCUGUGUUUGCGCGCGCGCAUCUCCGGGCAGUGUCCGCGCCCGAGGUGGGGAGAGCCGCGCCGGGAGCCAGGGAAAACCAAAGUCAGUUCCUGGCUUCAGGAUCGUUUUCUAGAUGUGCACAAAAUACAGUCCCCCCCCCCCCCCCCCCCCACCGUGAGCUGCGCCCAGGUUGUCUCCUGGCGGGGCGGGUGGUGUCUGCGCUGCGGGCGGCGCCGGCCGGGCACUAGGUGGCCAGCGGGCCCUGUAAGUUCUCCGAGGGCCACUUGCACAGCAGGAGGGGCGAGGGCCGUGUACGUGGCAGGGGACCCCCAGAGCACUCGGGAGAUGGGGGAAGAAGCGGCAGAGACCGCAUCUUCCGGAGGGACUGACUCCAGGCCACGCGGGCCGGAGCUCGAGACAUUUCCAGAGCCUUGAGGAUGGCACCGGCCCUCGCACGCUCAACUCCUGCUCCUCCUCUUCGCAAUGAGUAAACGACGCAGAUUAAAGCAAGGAGAGCCAAUCAUGACUGGCAAAACACAGACCAGCAAUGUCACCAAUAAGAAUGACCCCAAGUCCAUCAACUCCCGUGUUUUCAUUGGCAAUCUAAAUACGGCAAUUGUCAAGAAAGUUGACAUUGAAGCCAUUUUUUCAAAGUAUGGAAAAAUAGUUGGAUGCUCCGUUCACAAAGGUUAUGCAUUUGUACAGUACAUGAGUGAGCGACAUGCAAGAGCUGCAGUGGCUGGAGAAAAUGCCAGAGUCAUCGCCGGCCAACCACUUGAUAUCAACAUGGCAGGAGAGCCCAAACCAUACAGACCAAAACCUGGAAACAAGAGGCCCCUUUCUGCACUUUACAGACUUGAAUCAAAGGAACCUUUCCUGUCUGUUGGCGGUUAUGUCUUUGACUAUGAUUACUACAGAGAUGAUUUCUACAACCGGUUAUUUGAUUACCACGGGCGUGUGCCUCCACCUCCCCGUGCAGUAAUUCCACUGAAGCGUCCCAGAGUGGCAGUCACGACGACUCGCAGGGGGAAAGGAGUCUUUUCCAUGAAAGGUGGAUCGAGAUCUACUGCCAGUGGGUCAACAGGCUCUAAAUUGAAAUCAGAUGAGUUACAGACCAUCAAGAAAGAAUUAACCCAGAUCAAAACUAAAAUUGACUCCUUGCUAGGGCGCCUGGAGAAGAUUGAGAAACAGCAGAAGGCGGAGGCAGAAGCUCAGAAGAAGCAAUUGGAAGAGAGUCUAGUGCUGAUCCAAGAGGAAUGUGUGUCAGAGAUUGCAGAUCACUCUACAGAGGAGCCUGCUGAAGGAGGGCCAGAUGCCGAUGGAGAAGAGAUGACAGAUGGGAUAGAGGAGGACUUCGAUGAAGAUGGGGGUCAUGAGCUGUUUCUACAGAUAAAGUGAUCUGAAAUAACGCAUGAUGCCGCAAAGCAGAAGAGAAACUGUGACAACCCCCAGAAAUGUGAAAGGAGGUUUCUUAUUGGACAGCAGCAUCUUUGGUUCAAUUUAUAUAAAAACCCAAAUAAAUAAAAUGGACAGUAUUGCUCAAUUUUAGAAAUUCCAUUUCUUCUAUGUUUUAAGCUGUACAAUUGUCAGGUUUUUAUGGUUUAAAAUUGUAAAUGUGUUUUCCCCUUUGCUAAUUGUUUUUUUUUUUUUAGUCUUAAAAUGUGAAAGGCAUUUAUGAAUGGUAAGGGAGACACUAUAUACAAAUGUAUAUUUGUAAAAGCUAUUUUUAUGAUUAGCAUGUUUCACUGUUGAUCAUAUAUAAAAGGUGAUAUUGCAAUUCUGUAUUUAAAGCUUAUUUCCAACAAUGUCAUGUAAGAAAAUAUGCAUCUUAUGCUAGUUUUUAUAAUUUAUUUUUAAUUUAUAGUUUAAAGUACUUGAGAUCAUAAUGAUAAAAUACUUGAAAAAGUUAUAUUUCUGCCCUGUAUAAGUACCCUUUUUAUUAAUAAAGAAUGCAGAUAUUUCAGAUGUGAUAUAAUAGUUAAAGAACUGUUGGUUUGAUCUGUGAUUAAGUUGAGCAUGCUCCGCUCUACAGAACUAAAAUGAUCCAAUUAUUACUUCAGUCUGGGUAUGAGAUUCCAUGGACAGGUUUUAGUGUUCAUACAAGUAAGGACUAAAUUGCCAAGGAAAAGACUGUCUUGCCCUUGGAUCCAAAAGUUUAAAUUAGUGCAUACUCAUGUCAUUUCACCUCCUGUUCCUAGGAACUCUCCAUUCCCAAGCAUUGCAAGUGUUUUCCAGAUAAUCUUAGCUGUUGUCUUGUGCUGUGGAAAUGGAAGAAACCAUCUUCACAGACUGUAGGAGAAUUCAACAUAUAAUUUCUUAAUAAAUACUGUUUCUUUUAAAACAAA